GCCGUUCUUUGACUUACGCUUAUUAUCUAUUUAGUUCUUUGUGAAUAAUUGUAAACAAGGUAUCAAUACCUCGUUAGCUAAAUCAAAAACAACAGUAAAUAAUCGUUUUAAUAUAUAUUUACAUUGAAAAAUGGCUACUAUGGCAGGCUCGACAUGGGAAGAUGUGAGGAAACAAGCUCGCUUGCUAGAAAACGAUAUAGAUGUUAAGUUAGUGGCGUUUAGUAAACUUGGAAUGAGUUCAACAUCUUCCAGCCUUAGUCCUGAGACUGCUCCGCUUAUUAACAGUGAUGAUAUGUUCGAUACCAUGUCCAUGGAACUGCAGCAGCUUUUGAAUAAGUUAUCAAGUAUAAACGACAGAAUGGCAGACUUGGCCCCGAGUGGAACAGCUACAUUACACACUAUCAAGAGACACAGAGAAAUUCUUAUGGACUACCAGCAAGAGUUCGAGAAGACGUCGGUGCGCGUGUCGGCGCGGCGCGAGCGCGAGGAGCUGCUGCGCGGCGCCAGCCCGCCGCCCGCCCACGGCCUCAGCCGCCGCGACCAGUACUCCAAGGAGGCCGCCCAUCUGCACAGUUCGCACAUUCUGGUGGACGAGCAAAUCAACAUAGCGAUGGAGGCGCGCGAACACCUCACGUCGCAGCGACAGGCGUUCAAGAGGAUGCAGACGAGGUUUAACGACAUCACAAAUAGGUUCCCGAUGUUGAACAGCCUCAUAUACAGAAUAAACGCCCGCAAGCGACGAGACUCGCUCAUCAUCGGUAUCGUGGUCGCCGUUUGUACCUUCCUCCUACUUCUGUAUGCAUUCCAUUGAAUAUACAUACACACAUAACAUAUUUUGUGGAAAUAUAAGUAUCACUCUCUAACGUUUUCUAUCCCCAAGUCCCGCUAGUCCGAACUCGAUAGGGAUGUUGUAUGGACCCGUCUGACCGAAAUAAGUCCGUACUACGGUACUCCUGCUGACACAGAGUUUAGUAUUUAACAGAGGCGGCAAGAAAAUAUCUAUCGUGAUCUCGAUCGUUGCAUCAACCUAUUUAUUUUAUUUUAAACACAGCACUGUAUU